UUUUAGUGAGCACACGGAGAGCCAAAAGAAAAGGAUAUUUUAAGAAUAAAAAUCAGCCUGAAGACCACCCUCUAUUGCUGUACAAUUGGACAACGAUAAAAUGACAAACUGGAAGCUGAUUUUUUGCAGCCUACAUUUAAUGUCAGUGAUGUCUACUACUUUUGGAUUGGAUGUGACAAUGAGUCAGGCUUCCAUUGAGGUUGACAGGGGUGAAGAUGUCACCUUUACAUGUAAUUUUAAACCCAAAAAACAAGUGAAUGACCUGAUCAUCAUCACAUGGAGUAGUGAUAAGACUGAGGAAUCUGGAUCGGACGUUUUUUUUGGGACCUACUACUCCAAUACUUUACUUAUUGACAUUGGACAAGACUAUGUAGGAAGAGCCAUCAUAGAAGCUGACCUUGAGGCUCGAAAGUCAACACUGUUACUAAAACGAGUCACUCUUAAAGAAAGCAGACCAAUCAAAUGUUCUGUUCAGAUUCCUGGAGAUAUUGACGGCCAACCAUCUGGCACAACUUAUCUAUUGGUUCAGGUUCCACCAUCACAACCCAUUUGUAAGGUAGUUGGCACAGCAGAAUAUGGAUACAAUAUUAGCCUAUCCUGUCUCUCUGAAGAGGGCUCUCCGUCACCUACGUACAAAUGGGAGGCGUAUGACGUAAAAAAUUCACCUCGACCGUAUCCUCCCAAAACCACUGAAAAGAAUGGAGUUCUGUCUCUGUUCAAUGUAUCCAUGGACACAUCAGGUUUCUAUGUCUGCCUGUCGAGCAAUAAGGUUGGAUCAGCCAGAUGUAACCUCACCUUGUCUGUAAUGCCUUCCUCUAUGAAUCUUGCUGCCACAGUUGGCAUCAUCGGUGGUUGUAUUGCUGGAAUUGUGUUACUUGUAAUAAUCAUCUGUUGCUGCUGCAAACGUAAACAGAAACCAGAGGAGUAUGAAGUGGGAGCUCCAGUGGUGCAAUACCAUGACAAUCCACAACUAGAAAAAGUUGAGGACAAGUUUACAGACCAAAGGAAGUUGAACAUUGAAGAAAGUACUAAUCAACAGGACCAGCAUGUGGAGAUAACCGAAACAAACAUGGACAAGAAUGCUAACUUGCAUAUAGGCCUCAAUGUUCUUCCAGACAGAAGUCCUGGUCGAGAAGACCACCACAAGAGAUAUGAUGACAGCGGAAAUAGCUACACUACAGAUCGCUAUGAAGACAGACAGGAUCGCUAUGAUGACCGCAGAGGUAGCCGUGAUGACCUCAGAGAUCAGUACGAUGAUCGCAAAGGAAGCCGUGAUGAACUGAGAGAUAUGUACAAUGAUCGCAAAGGUAGCCGCGAUGACCUCAGAGAUCGGUACGAUGAUCGCAAAGGAAGCCGUGAUGACCUCAGAGAUCGGUACGAUGAUCGCAAAGGAAGUCGUGAUGACCUCAGAGAUCGGUACGAUGAUCGCAAAGGAAGUCGUGAUGACCUCAGAGAUCGGUACGAUGAUCGCAAAGGAAGUCGUGAUGACCUCAGAGAUCGGUACGAUGAUCGCAAAGGAAGUCGUGAUGACCUCAGAGAUCGGUACGAUGAUCGCAAAGGAAGCCGUGAUGACCUCAGAGAUCGGUACGAUGAUCGCAAAGGAAGCCGUGAUGACCUCAGAGAUCGGUACUAUGAUCGCAAAGGAAGCCGUGAUGACCUCAGAGAUCGGUACGAUGAUCGCAAAGGAAGCCGUGAUGACCUCAGAGAUCGGUACGAUGAUCGCAAAGGAAGCCGUGAUGAUCUGAGAGAUCUGUAUAGGUAGAAUCAUCAAG